AUGGUGCCCUCCCUGAUGUCCAACCUGCGCAAGCUUCAGGCUGGUGGCAAGGUCGACAUGGACAGCGGAAUCGACCUUGAUUCAGAGCCUCACUGGCUCAUGUGGCUGGAGCACCUCAAUGCCCUGGAGGCUGCGGAGGAGCAGGAGGCGGUGUGCAGGGUCAUUGCCCGCAGCCGGCUGGCACAGGAGCCCAUGCUCGAGCAGCCCGCCAGCCCUCGCCAUGGCGCCAGCAUGCAGGCGGGGAGCACCGGUUGCGGCGCCAGCGUGCAGGCAGGGAGCUCCAGCCGCGGUGCCAGCGUGCAGACAGGAAGCCCAGGCCUCAGCGUCUGCAAAGUAGAGCCCGGGAGCCCGCCCUCCAUAUUCGAGGAUCGCCAGGCCAGCCCCCUGCAGGACAGCCUGCAGGGUGCCAGCCAGACGUCGCUCCUGGCAGUUGCCUGCCGCUUUGGGGCUGGGCCAGAGGGAUCGAUCGACAUGCACGCCUUCCUAGACAUCCUCCGACGGCCAGGCAUGUGGAGGGGCACUGCCCCACCCCCCCGCCCCUUCCUGCUGAUGCUCUGGGCACUGCGCAGCCACGGGUGGACGGCCCGGGCCCUCGCGCGCUUGCUGGCUCUGCUCCAGUCCCCAGGGCGCCUGAGUGGGGCAAUGUGCUGCGAGCCCCUCGCCAGCGAGGCGGAGCGAGCGGCGCUGCUCGAUGCGGCCAUGCAUGGGGCGUGGUCGGAGCUCCCCCGCGGGCCAGGCUCGGUGGCUCAGGCCUCGGAGACGGAGACGGAGGGCGAGGCGUCUCUGACCCCAGACAUUCUCCAGUCUCCCGGCGAGGCCAUGGAUGUCGACCCGCCCCAGACCCAGACGGCAGAGAGCGGUGGGGAACCGAUGUAUGUGCAGCGUGAGGCCGAGCCUGAGUGCGGCCCGGGCACGUUUGCCAGCCAAGCAGCGAGUGCUGAGGCAGAGGCAGCCGCCGUCGCUGCCGACGAGGCACCUGCAGUCUCGGCAACCGAUGCUGAGAGGGAUGCGUGUCUCUUGAGUGCGUCCCGGGCCCUGCUGCAGACCGCAUGGGCUGUUUUGGACAAGGUGCUGGAGGGCGCGGCUCGCGAUGAGCCCCUGCGGCGGACGUUCAGGCACUUCCUGCAACCACCCAGGCCGGCCUGGGGAGGUCUGCCCCCCCUGCCGCCCCCCUUCACGGCCUUCGACCAUACAGAGGAGCGGGGAGGGGAGGUGCGUGCCGCCGUCGACCCCGCCCGCGCCCACCCUCUGGCGGAGCUGGCGGGCUGGAGGGACGAGGCCCUGACCGUGCAGUGGCGCUGGCAGUACCAGCGGUACAAGGACCUGCUGAGGAAGCGCGCACGCACGGCCCACGAGCCGCGGCUCAGGGUCGUGGCCCACCUGCUGCACGACUCAGCGCGGGCGAGCAUGCGGCGCGCGCUGGCGGCGAUGCCCCGCCUGCCCGGCACACCCCCCGCCGACCUCCUGCUCCUGGCCGACGCUGUGACCACCUUCAAGGCCCCCACCAGAGCCACCUGGCUGCGGCGCUACGCGAGGCUGACGUGGCGGCUGGCUCAGCUGCCACCCGACGUCGCCGCCGUCUUUGAGGCGGGGCGCGCGGCGGGGCUGAGAUUGGCGGUGCUGCAGAGGGCGCUGGCGCGGUACCAGGCCGCCCAUCCCCCUGGCUAA